AACAUUUGUCCACAACAUACAUAGUACUUGGCCUCUCUAUAUAUCCUCUGUCUGCAUGUAUAGCUUCAACUUGUUCACUACAAUAUUUUUCUCCCCUUUUGAUUUGUACUUCUACACACAAAACAACCUAAGAUUUAUUUCAUUUUAUGUUGUAGUAUAAUAUUUUUGGUUGUGGAAAAUAAUAUUGUUUUUGUCGAAGAAGAUAGUAGCUGGUGAUGAGUAUAGAGAGGAUAUAGAUAUUGUUGGGUGGGGAUUGUGAUUUGUGUGAUGGAUUCUUCUUCGUCGAAGAAGUUGGUUAGUAGAGGGAAUGGAGGGGGGAGUAUAAGUCCAAGUAGUUAUGAUUAUUCUUUCAAGAUUUUGUUGAUUGGUGAUUCUGGUGUGGGCAAGAGUAGUCUUCUGCUUAGUUUCAUGAUCUCGGAUUGUCAGUAUUCUCUUCAAGAUCUUUCCCCUACCAUAGGAGUAGAUUUCAAGAUUAAGUUCCUCACAAAUGCUGGAAAACGGUUAAAACUAACUAUAUGGGACACAGCUGGACAAGAGAGGUUUGGUACAUUGACAAGCUCGUACUACAGAGGUGCACAUGGGAUAGUUCUUGUUUAUGAUGUAACACGCCGAGAAACUUUUACAAACUUGUCAAAUAUAUGGGCAAAGGAAGUAGAUCUCUACUCUACAAAUGAGGAAUGCAUCAAGAUACUCGUCGGCAACAAAGUUGAUAGGGAGAGUGAAAGAGCUGUAACAAGACAAGAGGGACUGGCUCUGGCACAAGAGCAUAAAUGUAUAUUUUAUGAAUGUAGUGCAAAAACAAGGGAAAAUGUGCAGCAGUGCUUUAAAGAUCUCACUUUAAAGCGUGCAGAUACUUGAGAGACCUAGUCUGUUGGAGCAAGGAUCUUUGGUAGUGAAGCGGCAGAUUUUGAAGCAGGAGCAAUUUUAUCAGGAAAGACACAAAAGUUGCUGCUCCUAGUUGAAGUCGAAUAAAAUUGGUUUUAUAAGCACAGAGUCUCACACAACGUCGUCUCAAAUGGUGAGACUAGAAUCAUUGAUAUCUCUCGAUGCCAUGGUGCUUGUUGAUUUGGUCUUCCUAAAACCCAGUGGGGUACAAUCCUGUACAUUGAAAGCUUUUCCAUAGAGGGGCUCAUAUUUGAGAUGAUCUGUACUUUGUUCUUUAUCUUUUGAUUCUGUAGUCCAUGUGUGAAUAGCGCAUGGUCUUUUUUGAUAAGUAUAGAUGCUAAAAAAUGAAAGAUAAACGACAGUGUGUACUAGGCGAUAGUAAUUUACUGAACGGUUGUAUAUUUUGUACACAAAACUAUUGUAUGUAAAAUAAACAUGUUUUUACACCUUA